AUGGAGCAUACUUUCUUGACUAUACAUAAUUUACACCCGGACGCUAAUAUCCUUUACGCGUCUGAUUCCAUCUUUGAAAUUCUUGGAUACUCUCCACAGGACGUCAUCAAUAAAUCAGCUUUUGAGUUCUUUCAUCCGGAUGAAAUCCCGUAUGCGCGAUCCGUGCAUAGUCGUGGCGUCUUGCUGGACAAGGCUGCCGUUUUGCACUAUGCACGUCUUCGCUCUCAUGAUGGUCGUUGGGUAAGCAGUGAAUGCUGCUUCUCAAUCGUCCACGAUAUUCUUUUUGCUUGUAUAAGUAUCUACAGGCGUGACGCCAAGAGUGAGAGACGUGCUCUGGACGCACCACAAGUCCGGCGUCUCUUCUCACGCUCUCCUCGAGACCCACGAUAUCACAUGUUGCAACACCUGUCCCCCAAGUUCAGGUUGCCACCCGUGGAGCGUGAACCCCGAGCUGCUCUUAUCCUUAAUCGGUUUACUAGAACAUUGACUAUUAUGUUUGCAACCGAUGCUGUCGCCUCUAUCCUCGGCGUUCCUGCCGAUCAAGUUCAACAUAAAAGCUUCUACGAAUGUAUUCGAGAGACCUGCCUGGAUGAUGCACUCAAGUGCAUUGAGAGUGCAAAAGCCAACGAUUCCAUUGCUUACUUGCGAUUCUGGUCUCGCGAUCCACGACGACCCGAAGACUUCGAGGAAGAAGGCAGCGAUGUUGAUGAGGAGUCGACAAUUGAUGGUGUUGGUGGACGAAAUGAAAGCGAGGGGCCCCGUCACUUUAGAAACGGCACCACCGACAAUCCGUCCCUAGACCAGAAUGGAUCUGGAAGCGGCUCGAUGGCUCCGAAUCAGCAACGACGUGCUGAGAGCCGCCGCUCCAGCGAUUCUGAGGGAGGUGGUGUUAAGUUGGAUGGUGCCAUGGAUCUCGAUUCGAACUCCAAUUCCCACCGGGGUUCGGCAGGUCCUUCCAUCAAGGUAGAACCUGAUGUGGAUAUGCAGGAUGGCAUUACUCCCAACGAAACAUCAGGUGAAUCCCGCACUACGAGCUCCAAUGCUCUGGGCUCUAGCUCACGAGCAACUCGUUACCAGACUCCUCUUACACCACAGUCGCCGCCGCCACCUGAGGAUAACGUGUCCCAGGCACGCAGAUCCCGCAAUCGCCCAGCACGACACCUGGCACCUUCUGUCGAGUUGGAAGCGGUCGUCUCGUGUACCUCUGAUGGUCUUGUCGUCAUCCUCCGCCGAGCAAGACCCCAGAUUCCCAGUGUUGAGCCUCCCCAAAUUCCUUCUACCUUCGACCACGGUGUUUUCGCUGCUCCUUGGGCGCAACAACCUGUAUAUCCCCGUUAUCCUCACGAAGCUGUUCACAACUUCCAAGCUCCGUAUGCCCCACACCGUAUGCCACCGCGAAGCGGUAUUCAAGCUGCUGGUGGCCCCCCUAUGGAUCAGCUCAUGCAAUCUAUUAGAGAUGUUGCCGUAUUUGCUUGGGCCCUUGUGGGUAUCAACGGAAACAUAGCAUCUUAUGGUCAUGGCCAACCGUCAGGAGAGGCUCAACCUCCCGACGGUCUUCCCAUAUGGGACCCUGAAGCGGUAGACGCUUCUUACGAAGGGCCUUACAACCAGGCUGCUCAGCGAUGGGCUCAAGAGGCCCGACGACAGCAACCAUCGUUCCAUCAUCAGGACUCGGUGUCAACUGAGUUUUCAAUGGAGGGAACAGCAGACUACAGUACGACUGGUUUGGGAUAUCAGAACCGUGCGGCCAAUGGCAAUGGUAAUCCAUGGUAUUCACAACCAUCAGCUCACCAGCGCAACCAAGAGGCAUUUGCCCAGAACAGCCGUCAACACCAUCAAGAUCCUUCCAAUAUUUCGGCUUCUUCAGUGAACCAACAAACAAGCCAGUUGAGCGAUGGGCAGCAUUGGCUUGGAAACCCUCAAAUUCCCACCACGUCAGCCGAGGAUCAUUCCCAUAAUCCUCUAAACGGAUGGCAUUAA